CCGGGUAUACCUAAAUGCAUAUGCUGUAGUUGUACACCAAUGAGAGUUGACCCAUGGAGAAUCAGUGGAGCAUUGCGUCUAAAAGCACGUGUGCUGCUCGCCACGGUGCUGUUUUUGUGUUAGACUUGGAUUAAAAAUAAGUGACAAUAUGUUAAUAGAACCGCAGCUAACGAAUACGAGGCCAGAUUUUGGAAAGCCUCCAUCAAAGCAGAAUCCUCUCUUGCAGGCUCUUGGGGCUCCCCAUGUCGAAUCUUUCAAUUACAUGCUCGAUGAAGGACUUUUAGAUGCAAUUGCGAACAUAGUACCAGUACACUUGGUACUUGCAAGCGGAGACAAAAUAAUUUUUUCCAUUGAGGAUGUCACUAUCAGUCCUCCAGCCGUACCCACAGGAACAAUUGGUGUUAAAAAUCACAGAAUAUUUCCUUCCGAAUGUCGUCAAAGAGCUGCAACCUACAAAGGAAAACUCACCGCCAAAAUAGGAUGGUCCAUCAAUGGCGUACCACAAGCAAGCAUCUUGAAGGAUUUGGGAGAAAUUCCAAUUAUGAUUAGGUCAAAUAUGUGCAACCUGCGCAAUAUGAGUCCUACAGAAUUGGUUGCUCAUGGGGAGCAUGAACAAGAAUGGGGAGGAUAUUUUGUAGUCAAGGGCCAUGAGAGACUCUUGAGAAUGCUGCUUAUGACACGAAGAAAUUAUCCUAUAGCUAUAAAGAGAUCUGGGUGGAAAAGUCGUGGGGCUCUAUUCAGUGAUAUGGGGAUUCUAUUGAGAUGCGUCAAAGAUGAUAAUACAGCCGCAAAUAAUACGUUACAUUAUGUAACUGAUGGAACAGUUAAGUUGAUGUUAUCUCAUCGAAAAAUUUUGUACUACGUUCCUCUAGUUUUGAUGCUGAAAUGCUUAGUUGAUGUUUGCGAUAAAUUCAUAUUCAGUCAAUUAAUUGCUGGUUUCGAAGACGAUCUUUAUUUUGGAGGAUGUGUACGUAAUAUGCUGAGAGCAAUACAUGAGGAGAAUUUGCACUCUCACGAACAGUGCAAAGCGUAUGUGGGAAAAAUUUUCAGAGUCAAAUUUUAUGAAGUACCACCAGAGGCUUCAGAUACUGAAAUUUGUGACUUCAUCAUAAAACAUUGUGUUGCAAUUCACUUGGACAAUCCUAUGGAUAAAUUUAACCUGCUGAUUUUCAUGACUCAGAAAUUGUUCAGCUUCGCUAAUAAAAAAAGUGCAGUCGAAGGAGCAGAUGCCGUUAUGAUGCAAGAAUGUCUCCUUGGUGGUCAUUUGUAUCUACAAGUUCUAAAAGAAAAAUUACAAACUUGGCUGAACGUCCUUAAGUUACACGUCAUGAAGCGCCCUGGUAGUACAACCGAUAAAUACAAGCUUACGACACAGGAGAUGCUGGCAGCCUUGAAAUCCAGUGGCACAUUUGAAUCCCAGAUGGAAAAUUUCAUAUCAACUGGGAAUAUAAAUUCAUCCACAGGAUUAGGAUUGAUGCAAGACAAAGGGUUAACCAUAGUAGCAGAAAACAUUAACAGGAUGCGUUACAUGAGUCAUUUCAGAGCGAUACACAGAGGUGCCUUUUUCCAGACUAUGAGAACUACCGAAGCUCGGCAGCUGCUUCCCGAUGCAUGGGGAUUUAUAUGCCCCGUACAUACACCUGACGGUGCUCCUUGUGGCCUGCUCAACCACUUGACAUUGAACUGUAUCGUAACGAAACAUCCGGAUAAAAAGCUCAGAGCUGACAUUCCAUCUGUGUUAUUUGAGUUGGGGGUUAGUCCCUUCAGUACCAACGAGAACAUUGGGGAUUCUUAUAUCGUAAUGGUCGAUGGAAGGGUAAUUGGCAGACUUCAAACAAAGAUUGCGGAGAAGCUAGUUAAUAAGUUACGGAUUUUAAAAAUUGACGGAGCCAAGGUUCCAUCAACUAUGGAAAUAGUUUUAGUACCCAAAAUGGAAGGGCCGUCUCAGUAUCCAGGAUUGUUUCUGUUCACCGGACCAGCUCGUAUGAUGAGGCCUGUGAUGAAUCUGAUUGUAAAAAAAGUCGAGCUCAUCGGUACCUUUGAACAAGUUUACAUGAACAUUUGCAUUACAACUGAGGAAGCAUAUUCAGGGUUGACGACGCAUCAAGAGCUAUCGAAAACGAGUUUUUUGAGUAAUUUGGCACGACUUAUACCAAUGCCCGACUGUAAUCAGAGUCCUAGAAACAUGUAUCAGUGUCAAAUGGGAAAGCAAACUAUGGGUACACCGUGUCACAACUGGCAACAUCAAUCAGAAACAAAACUAUACAGAUUACAAACACCAGCAACAUCUUUAUUCCGGCCUGUGCAUCACGAUAACAUUGACAUGGAUGAUUUUGCCAUGGGAACCAAUGCAAUAGUAGCAGUCAUCUCUUAUACGGGUUACGAUAUGGAAGAUGCUAUGAUAAUAAAUAAAUCAGCACAUGAACGUGGUUUUGCGCACGGUAUGAUUUACAAGUCAGAGUUUGUCGACUUGGAAGAUCCUGCGAGUUACUUCUGCCGAGACCCUGACAAACCUGAACUCGGAGAUAAACUGGACGCUGAUGGUUUGCCGUUUGUCGGUGCUACCAUCGAAGAGGGAGAUCCCUAUUACAGUUACUACAACGUAGACCAAUCUACCUACAGAAUUGGCAAAUAUACUGGUAAAGAAGCAGCUUACGUCGACCACGUGAAACUGUGCGGUACUUUGAACACAAAGAGUCCGAGAAGAGCAUGUAUAACGUUUCGAGUGCCUCGUAAUCCGAGUGUGGGCGAUAAGUUUGCUUCGAGAGCGGGGCAAAAAGGUAUUUGCUCGCAGCUUUGGCCUGCGGAAGAUCUGCCCUUUACAGAAACGGGAUUGAUUCCAGACAUCGUAUUCAACCCUCAUGGUUUUCCCAGUCGUAUGACGAUUGCUAUGAUGAUCGAAGUUAUGGCUGGAAAAUCAGCAGCUCUUCACGGCCUUGUUCAUGACGCCACGCCAUUCAGAUUUACAGAGGAAGACACCGCUGUUGAGUAUUUUGGUAAAUUGUUGGAAGCUGGUGGAUAUAAUUAUUACGGUACUGAAAGAGUAUACUCCGGUAUCGAUGGACGAGAAAUGACGGCUGACAUAUUCUUCGGAGUUGUACAUUAUCAACGUCUUAGACACAUGGUGUCAGACAAGUGGCAGGUGAGGAGUACUGGGCCAAUAGAUGUGUUGACGCGGCAGCCGAUAAAAGGUCGAAGGAGAGGAGGUGGCGUAAGAUUUGGAGAAAUGGAACGUGAUGCACUCAUUUCUCACGGAUGUUCCUUCUUACUUCAAGAUCGUCUUUUUCACUGCUCUGAUAAAAGCUCCACGCUUGUUUGCCAGCGGUGUGGGACUCUGCUAGGCCCAGUAAUAGAAUUAGUAUUGAACGAGAUGGGAUUUGCUCAAAAGAAGAUGAGAUGUCGACUGUGUGGUGAUGAUGGAGAACUAUGCGAGGUAGAAAUACCUUAUAUCUUCCGGUACUUGGUUACUCAACUAGCUUCAUGCAAUAUCAACAUAAAGCUGAAAUUCAACGAACUGUAAAUAAUAAUAAAUUGCAGAAGUUAUACAA